AUGGCAAGCCAACGAUUAUCAGCUUCCUCCGACACUGCGGAUGUCCUUAACUCCCAUCCUAACCUCAGCAUCGUUGUUGAUGCAGAACGCGAAGCAUAUGCCGCGUGGGGCUUAGGCACGUCCAGUCUGUGGCAUGUGCUGGGUAGUAUACCUGGUACGAGCAAGUUGAGCAAAGAGGGCAUUAGUGUGAGGCCGACUGAGAGUGGGAGUCGGUGGCAGACGGCGGGCAAUUUUGGGGUUGAUGCGCAGGGGGUUGUGAGAUGGAGUAGGGUUGAUGGGAGGGCGGAUGAUAUGCCGGAUUUUGAGGAGGGGGUGGAUAAGGUGCGCGAGGGGAGGUUUGAGACGGGGGGUUUUGCUGAGGCUAUGCAGGGUUGA